AUGGAGAUCGGGCUUCUUUGCAGGGCGCUUCAACACUGCAUGGCACUGUGCUUGGUGAACCUCAACUUCAAGCUCGGGCUUUGCAUGGCGUUGGGCAGAGUGUGCAUGGCGAUGGAGCUCUUCAUGAUCGGGCAUUGCAUGGUGCUGCGCUUGGCGACGGAGCUCUUCAUGGUCGGGCUUUGCAUGGCACGGUUCUUGGCGAUGGAGCUCUUCAUGGUCGGGCUUUGCAUGGCACAGUUCUUGGUGAAGGAGCACUUCAUGAUCGGGCUUUGCAAGGUGGUUCUACGGCGAUCCCUGGGCUUCAAGAUCCUUUUCAACAAGGGCAUCCUCUUCAAGGAGCACAAGGGCAAGGAACUAUGGGUGUUGCACCAAUGCCAACAUCAUGGGAAUCUGCUGGUGGAGGACGUGGAAAUCAAAAUGCAGCUGCAGCAAACAACAAAGCGGCUGUCAAGCAAGCUUCAGUUGGAAAAGGUCAUGAUGGUGGAGUUGCAAGCUCAACAACUGAUCAAACCUCUUCUAGUACGUGCGCUGAUGGUCCAGGACUGGGUGCUGAGACCUGGCACCAAAGUUUUGCUUUCAGAUCCUCUCCUUCGGCCUGAAAAUACCUCUUGGAUCGUUCCAAUGGGAUGCUUGAACGAGCUCAACUACAAGUUGGUGUGGAAAGACCACAUGUGCCAUCUCUACACAAAAGCUGGAGACAAGGUCAAUGUGGAACUUCACAAUGGAUGUCCCUACGUUGCUCAUGAAUUUGGAGCAAAGCUGCUGACGGUGUUGGAACAGCAUCAAAUUCAACAAGAGCUGAAAAAGAUGACCUUGAAGUCUAUCUUGACAAGAGGGGCUGCCGGUCUUGGCAACAACAUGAGCAUUGAAAUGGCGAUGCUUGUCAAGCUCAAGGAGGUCAUGCCGACUUUGCCUGAAGAUUUGGCGUUGAAGCUGGUCCCAGAUCUCUCGGUGCUCACGGACCCCAACAUCGGCUUGAACCUUCCAUGGAAUCGCAGAAAGCGAAAAAGACUCAUGAUGGCAAAGAAUGUGAUCAUCCACAUGUACAGUGGACCUGAUGCCUCUUACUGGGAGCGGCGUUUGUCAAAUGAGCACACUGAGGUGCUGUGCGUGGACUUGGAAGCCUCAACACCUUCAAAUGCUUUGGAUGAAACAACCUUUGCGUUUUUGCUUUCCUUGUGCGCCAGCAAACGUGUCAAAGCUCUACUUGGAGGCCCUCCAUGCAGAACAACAAGUGCUCUCAGGUUUCAAAAAGAUGAUGGUCCACCAAUUCUUCGAACAGAAGAUCACCCAUACGGUUUGCCAUCAUUGACUCCACAACAAGCUGAAUUGGUCACCAAUGACUCAAUUCUGUGGCUCCGGUUGAUGCUGAUGUACAUCCUCUGCGAAGAAGUGCGUCCAAAAGAACAAGCUAAAACUGCAUUUCUUUGUGAACAACCUCAAGACCCAGCGGAAUACCGCAAGAAGGAGGAUGUGGAUGAGCACCAGUACUUUUCAAUGUGGAGAACUCAGGAAUGGAAAAGCUUCCAAGAAGCCUACAACGCCAAGCUGAUCUCCUUUGAUCAAGGGCCUUUUGGUGGAUCCGCCGUGAAGCGCCUCCACGAGAAGGAUCUGAAGAUCCCAAUGGCGUUGUUUACGCCGAUGACGAUGUCCGACCUGUUGGUGUCGCUGCAAUCGGAAAUGAAGAUCACCCAUUGCCUGGCCUUGAUGACCCCGAGCUCUCUGGUGAUCCUCAAGAACAACAACCUGGAGAUGGUCAACCACCUCAACGACAUGUUGAACGAGAUCAACAACAAGCGGGCCAUGAAGCUCAACAUGAACAAGGUCUUCCUGCAGGAGAUCUGCAAGCUUGAUGGCACCUUCCCUGAACAAAUGUGGUGUCUUCCUGAGCUCAACAAAGCUCUGGUCAAAAAGGUUGAAGUUGAAGAACAAAUUCAACUGCUUGCGGAUGAAGAUCGAGCUGAAGAACAACAACAGCUUACUCAUGAGUUUUUGGUCACCAAAACGGUCAGCAACAAAGAGGUUCGUGAAAACCUUGCCGACUGGACUGAAUCCAUCAAGGCCGAGUACGAGCAGCUUGUCGUCAACAAAAAGGCGUUGCUGACUGAAGCCACAGCUCUGGAGUUGAAAAGCGAGAGCGAUGAAGCUGAUCCGUUGUGGAUAGCUGCGGUGCUGCUGAUGCCCUUCCUUGGUGCGGUGCUGAUUCAUUUGCUGCUGCUGCGGUUUCUGGCCCUGUGCAGGCCUCAUCGUCGAGCAGCGCUGGCUCAUUGGCGGAUGUUCCUGGCCUUGAGCAGGCCUUGGCUGCUGUGGCAGAAAUCUCUGGGCGUGCUGCUGCCGAUGGCGGAGUUGAGCGAGCGUUGCAGCAGCGAGCAGCUGAAGUGA